AUGGGCAUGGCUGUCGACAAUUCCCGGAUCGGGAUAUCGCACACCCGACUCCUCACCAAGCUCCAGCAUGCCUUCAGUAGCCAGGAAUCGGCUCUGAAAUCCGAGAACACCAGCGGGGCGACGAGACUGUGGAAAGGGAGGAGACUGCAAAAAACUCAGCUCCGCUGCUCCGACUAUCGUCAAUCGGAGGAGGGGUGCUGGAAAGCUAUUAUCCCCGAGUCGACACGCUCAAAGAUCCGCCAGAUCUUUGGGGGGGGGGUGUACGAAAAGGAUGCUGGAGAGGUGGAGACGGCGCCGUUCCUGUCGCGCCACUAA